AUGACAAGCUUUGAUAGCCAGUUCUUCAGUGUCCCCCAGGAGGAGAAGAAGAAGGAUUACUUGUGGGCCAUAGCAAAGCUUCUUGCCAUCUGGACACCUGAUGCGCGCCCGAAGGUUAUCGUCACUGAUAAGGAACUGGCAUUGAUGGGUGCGCUAGAUGAAGUGAUGGCUGGUUCGGCCAACAUACUGUGCACAUGGCACAUCAACAAAAAUGUCCUAGCCAAAUGCAAACGAAUGUUUUCCUCUGGAGAGGAGUGGGACGAGUUCAUUAGUCAGUGGAACUGCUUGAUAUCAUCGAGCAGUGUUGAUGAAUAUGAAAGGCAAUGGAAGAAAUUUUGCACUUCAAUUUCAGCAUCAGCCGAACGCUCUCGACUAUCUAUCGUCACGUGGCUAAUCCACAAAGAGCGGUUCAUCAAUGCGUGGACAUCAAAACACAUGCAUUUUGGCAAUACUUCAACAUCGCGCGUGGAGGGCUCCCACGCAUACAUAAAAAAGUUCUUGCAGACAUCGACAGGGGAUCUCCUAACAAUGUUUCUGGAAAAAUCUCCGUUCUCGCGCUGA